UUACUUCCUCCACGGAUUCAACUUUGACCAACCAACUGGAUAAUUUUCAGAAAGAGCCCAAAUACUGAUCAAGAUGACUGCUGCCCCUUUCUAUCACAUCAACACAUCAGCCGCCACUGGAAGGAACGUCUCUUUGAAUGAUGGCGACAAUGAGUAUGAAUAUGAGGACAAGUAUGCUGAGCUGAGAAAGGGUCUACACAUCAUGUCUCUCCUUGUUUACUGCCUGGCCUUUGUUCUUGGUGUGCUCGGCAACGGUGUGGUUAUCUGGGUGACCGGCUUCAAGAUGAAGAAAACAGUUAACACGGUUUGGUUCCUCAACCUCGCUGUGGCCGACUUCCUCUUCACAGUCUUUCUGCCCCUGAGUAUCACCUACACAGCUCUGGAUUUCCACUGGCCUUUUGGCAAAUUCAUGUGCAAACUGAACACCACAAUAAGCUUUCUGAACUUGUAUGCCAGUGUCUACAUUCUGGUGGUGAUCAGUGUGGACAGAUGUGUGUCUGUGGUGUGGCCCAUCUGGGCCCAGAACCACCGAAAUGUACGCAAGGCGUCCUUUGUGAGUCUGGGGGUUUGGGUCGUGGCUCUGAUACUCAGCACUCCAUACUUUGUCUUCAGGGACACUGUUCCAUCUUUUAACGAUAACAAUGUCAUUAACUGCUACAACAACUAUGCUCUUUCUGACGAUUACGAGAACGAGUCUGUGUUUCAGCUGGGACUGUUUCGUUUUAAGGCCAUGGGUAUCACCCGCUUCCUCCUGGGAUUAGUUGUCCCCUUCACUGUCAUUGUCUCCUGUUAUGCUGUCAUAAUCCAUCACAUCAGAAGAAACCGGACCCUGGCCAGCCACUCAAGUCGCUCCUUCAAGAUCAUCGCUGCUGUUAUCACCACUUUCUUCCUGUGCUGGGCUCCCUUUCACAUUAUGGUGUUAAUAGAAUUGGCAAAUUCUCUACUUUCUGAUCGAAGUGAGACAUUAGACCAUGUCACCACCAUUGGAAUCCCUAUAACCAGCGGCUUGGCCUUCCUCAACAGCUGCCUGAACCCACUGCUGUAUGUGUUUAUGGGACAAGAUUUCAAGGAUAAAGUCCGCAAAUCCAUCUUGAAUGUUUUGGAGACUGCCUUCACGGAAGAGGUGUCUGGCACUCACAGUGGCACAAAGUCAGUGGACACCAGCCAGAGUAGAGAGAUGUCGUCCCGUAAUACUGAAGCAUAAGGUUUUCUCAUGACAUAAAGGAAAACAAUCCGUGGUUAAAUAAAUUGAUGCUCUUUUUUUAAAACUCAAUUUUUAAAGAUUAUCCAAGACUGAAGCCCUUCCGCGUCAUAUGGAUUCAUUUGUGUAAUUUGACCAUGGUUUGUUUACUGAUCAGGUAUCAGACUACUGCCUUUUAAUUACACCUGAAGUAUUAACAAUCUAAUGUGACAAAUUUAUGGUUAUAUUUUUUCAAAAAGUUGUGAAUAACGUAGUGGCAAAAUUUAGAAAUCAUACAGAACAAAUGAAUACAAUAGAUAUCUGCAGUUCUGUUGUUGGUAACUUGUUGAAUCACAACGGGGCCUUCAGUUUGUAGCUAAAGGGGAUUUCCCUGUACAAAAGAACCCAGCAGUUGUUUCAAAAUAGGUAUUACGUUAGGAUAGUUACUCUGUUGUAACACUGUAGGUUAGCAUGAGCAUUUUGUACUUUGUGUUUUCUAUCUUAUGUAACAUGCAGUAUGUGGUAAUGUGGUACUACCGUAUUUCCGUGCCUGUGUGGAAAAAAAAGAAAAAUGUUUGAUCUGAAUUAGUACUGUUGGCUUGAUAAUGUUUAAUAAUUGGAGGCAAGGACAGGCUGUAAUAUUUUAAUAAAAGAAAUGUGGCUUAACUGUCACACAGAACACCGCUAAGGAAAAAUUGAACGACAACCAAUUCAAAACGUAAGACUGGUAUGAAUAUUGUGACAUGUAGCAACCUGUCUCUAAAGGCUUCAUACCAAUGUGUUUAUAUGGUGUGUAUUUGAAUCAAUGAUGAUGAUGAAUCGUAAAAGAAUCAUGAAAUAAUUAUGUAAAAAAACAGCAAAAAAGAAAAUUGGCUUACAGUACAAUUAUACAAUUUUGUCAAAAUAGGUGUCAAAAAAUAAAUGAAAAAAAAACUACUGCAGCUUUCACAACUAUGUUGUAUGUUGUGACGACAAUUCACUUAACAUUAUGUCUCUCGUUGUCCACUGCCCGGCCUGGUUCUUGGUAAAUGGAAUCGUUAUCAAGGUAGUAUUUAGCCUCUUGUCAUUUUAGUUUCAGCCAGUAGAGAGAGCUGUUCUACACAUCACGCUUCUCAGAUCAAGAGCUUCAGCAGGAGGAAAAAAACAUCCUUGGAGCACACUGACUGAUUUACGUCCUUUACAAUACUGCAAACACAUAUGCUGUUGCUAUUAUACCACAUCCAAGUCAAGUAGAGUGACAGUAAAACCAUCCUGAUUUCCCCUGUUGCUUUCACUCCAAUAUAAGAUUCCAAGGUUCCAAGACAAGGAUUACUUUAAAUAAAUGUAUUUGUUUCUUUUUUUCUUCUUUCCUCUGUUAUCUUACUUUUAGUUUUCUGCUUACCAACCUCUGUAGCAGGGGUGUAAGCCGCCUACCCCCUGUGUUUCUAUAUCUGUUAAAUAGACAACUCAACUAGUUGUUUCUCAUGUAGACCAUUAAACCUUUUUUGCAAAAAAUAAAGCUCAAAAGAACAA